AUGGCCGGUGAAGAUCUUUCUUUCGACGAUCUCCAGAAGACCGUUGAACCAUUGGUGUGUAAGAAUCUGACUACACCUGCCAUCCUGAAGUUGCCCCUCGGCUUGUUCACCCCGGCUGCACUACCGUUGCAGGAAAUGUCGUCCACGGACAACCCUAGCGUCAACCUCUUUGACAUCAUCACAGACUACCGGGGGACUAUUGAUGUCAACGAUCUGACGAAGGCAUACAAAACCGCUGUCUUGAACUCCGAUUUGUCUUCGCUACCGGAGCCCUUUGGGUUUCGCGGUAUUCUUGCUCGCAACACCAAGCUUCAGUUGUUCGUGUGCGAGUGUCCAGAUGGCUCCAACAUUAUCGUCAAGCAUUUCACGUGUCCGGACAAGUGCAAGCCCUCUGUCUUCUUGGCAGGAGCAAGUGGCAAGGCUUACAUCUACCGUUGGCGAGCCACCCAUGCCAAGGUCGGAAAGAAAAUCCUUCAGUAUACUUUGGAAAGCCUUGGCGGUCAGCAGUUCAAAAUGUUCGAGAUGCAAUCCUUCUGCGCCCCCAAAGCCUCCACCAACAGAUUCGAGGAUAAGACGGAUGAAGAAAUCGAUGCCGGUUUCGACUUCAUUGUCCAUGAUGCACCGCGCUCCUCUUCAGAAAUGCAGCAGCUUCGGUGGAUGACAAAAACCCUCAAAAAUCCACAAUCGCCUAUCUUCAACUGGCCCGGUGCACUUGUUGAGAAGGCGCUCCGGAACCUGAGCCAAGAUGGCUCACUCGCCAAGAAGGAGAUGGACUGGCCCAUCCCCCUUACGUCCACCUAUUACCAUGGAUGGGUCUUGGAGCUUCUGGAGAAGGUGUGGGAUUUCGACACGUCCGCCCUCGUGAUGUUGGGUGAGGCGGGUGCGGGCAAGUCACCACUGGGUCGCAGCAUCUUGAUGGCACAGGCCCGGUUUAACAAGGCGCACUUUGGUGCCCGCACCACCGUGUGCAUUCGCUGUACGCCUGAAAUUGAUUUUCUCAGAGGAGAGCAAGGUAAUAUCACAAUGGGUGACUUUCUGGAUGACACAUGUCUCAGCAUCCUCUCUUCCAAAAUGCUGAAGUCUCUGUUGGACGUGGGGCUCUACGAGGCCAUGGCAUGGGCUCGUUGGGGAGCUGUCAAGUGGGUACAGAAUCAGCCACGAGCGGUGGCCGACAAUACCUACGAGCCCAUGGAACUUCCCGACGAAUUCGAUUUCGUCUCAUCCAUCUCUUUCGACAAGUUCGCGAAGUGUAUCCGUCCAGCCUUCAAUUCCGAAGUUUCGAAGGCACAUAUGGACGCUAUCUUCAAGCGCACUGUCUUCCUGGUGAACAGUCCCACACAUGUCUACUUCCGCAAGGCCGGCAUCAACGAGGAUCCUGUCCCCCGUGUAAACAUAGAGCGCCCUGAAUAUCUCACCGAAAAGGGGCGCACCCUCUACGGCACCUUCAAGGACGGCACCCGGGCCUUCCCCCCCGACCAUGCCGCACAGGUUCGUCGUGAACAAGACUGGGUGACCAAGGUUAUGGAGAAGCGCUUCGAUGAGAGGCGUCCCGACUACAAAGCUCGACAGGCCAUCCGUCGUGGUCUCUGGGGUCCAGAACCUGCAUCAUCCCGCUCCCGGCCCAUCUAUCGUCAGGUUGAUGAUCUUCACAAGUCAUCUACAAGGGAUGCGGUCGCCGCUGCCCCCAUCAUCAAACGCGAGCGGGUGGAGCAAGAGGAAGCCAGCAAGAAGGCAAAGAUUUGGGCCUUGGAGUUGAAAGCUUCCAACAGCGCCAUCGAUCUCGACUCCCCCGACCGCACGAAGGCAGCUCUCCCGUCUACCGCCGUGCCCAACCCCGAGAACAUGAUCAGUGACGACAUGGAUGUUGUCACUGAGGAUGAGGCGGAUGUCCUGGGCAAUGGCUUCGACCUCGGUGAGCACGACAACUGA